AUGAGAGUAGAAGAUUUCUAUAAUAGCUCCAGCACUUCGCCCAUGAGUUCCGUUCCUGUUCAAUUUCUUGUCCAUGUCGUGUCUCUAACAACGUGUGCCAUCAAUCCGGUGAUAUAUGGUAUUCCAGAUGAAUUCUCAUGUACGCCUGUGCAAGUCGGAGUACCAUUUAAAACUAUUAUACUUGCACAAAAUAACUGUCCAAUUAGCACUAAUAUUACGGAAAUAUCGACAUUAUCAUUACCUGACUUAGCGACCAAUCCGAUCAAUACUGCUUUAGUUUUUAUGUUACCGAAGACCACCAGUGCGGUUGCCCAGGGACUGGAAUUACCUGUCCAACAACGACUACAAGCACAACAACAACGGUCUCAGUUACGACAACGAGUACAACAACAACGGUGUCGGUUACGACAACGACCUCAACUACAAGCAGCAGCACGUAAACCAGUUUUUAUGCACAAUGGUUAUACGUAUAUUAUUAGCAAAAGAUAUGGACAAAAAACAAUAUGGAUAUGUCGUCGUAAUCGUCAUAGUCAAUGUCGUGGACGUUUACAUACAAUCAAUAAUACAGUUGUCAAUGAAAUUGGAGAACAUAAUCAUGAGCCAAGUUCGGUUGAUAGCGGAGUACUACAAGCAACAGCAGCAAUGCGACAUUAA